GGCGCCACGCGUCCGCCAUCUUAGUUGCCCGUCACGCGCCGACGCGACCGCUCGCGCGACUGCCGCGACAAUGGACUACGAACCGAAGGUCGAAAUUAGCACGGAAAAACUGAUCGGAGCCGUGAAAAAACGGGCAGCUCUAUACAGCAAGACCAAUCUGAACUACCACAAUCAUGGCAAAUACAAGGGAGGUCUCUGGAAAGAAGUGUGCCGUGAAGUUUUUCCAGAAUGGGGCAACAUCAGUCCAAGGAGGAAACUCGAAUAUGCCCACGACCUUCAAAGGCGAUGGAAGAACAUCCGCACAUGCUUCACAAGAGAACUGUCUCUACAGAAAAAAGAAAUGAGAGGCAGAGAAAACUCCACCUCCGAUUCCGAUUUCAAGAAAAGAAGAAAAUACAUUCACUUCGACAAACUGACCUUUCUGAUUAAUCCUGAUGAAAUUCCCGAAGCUCCUGAUAUCAAAGAACCUGUGGACGAAGACUCCAAUGAUCCUUUGGAAUCACAAAUGUUUAAUAUGGAGUCUGAAGACUCAGACAGAAGAUCAGCUUAUGAAGAAUCUUCUAGCAAUCAUCAUUAUGUCCAAAUAGAAGAGGAGCCGUUUCAAGCGAACAUGUUCCAAAGAGAUGGUAAUAUGAAACAAGAAUUGCUGCAAAUGGUGGGAGAUAUGAAAAAGAGUGAGACAGAAGAUGAAGACAGGCAGUUCGCAUUGUCAAUAGUCCCGGCGUUGAGGAAAUUGAACGAUCAACAGAAGUUUGACGCUAAAAUUGAAAUUUUGAAAGUCCUGAAGAGAAUUAGCUCUAGCAGUGACUCGUGAUGAGUUUGUAUUGAAAUGAUAGUACGUAGGCUAAGUUAAAGAUAAGUUUAUCCUUUUCUCUUACAAAUUCAAAUUCUUAUUAUUAUUAUUAUAUAAUAUUAACAUAAUUUCACAUUAUUAACUCAAAUGUUCAUGAGCAUUAUGCUCAAAUUAAUAUUUUUAAUAUUUUGAUUAUAAAAAAGGAUUCUUUUUUUAGUUUUGGGCACAGAAGAUUAAGUCCAAAGUCUUUAGUUUUUUGUAAUAAACAAAUUAGUGGUUAAGUCUGUGAGGAAAUGUAUGGGAAGCAAUGCGACAAGUCAUUAAAUAA